GACCAGAUCGAGCAGAGUUGGUGUUGGUGGUGCUGGCACACGCGAUAUAAAGGUCCCGACGAGAGCUCGUCCACGACACUCCUGAGUAAAUCGCACGUUCGAGUUCACUCCCUGAGACAUAACCUCCCGCACCGAUGGCUACAGCUGCUACAAACGUGGUCUAUAAUCAGGUCUUUAAGAAAAAGAUCGCCGAUGCCGUGAGAGUCGGCAUGGGCGGUGGCCUGUGCUUCUGCGGGAUCAACAUGUACUUCAAGAACGAGAAGUUCUACGACGACUGGGUCAUGCCCCUCUUCAAGAAGAUGGAGCCCGAGACGGCCCACGUCAUGGCCAAGAAAGCGGCCAAGUACAACCUCGUCCCCGUCUCCAAGCUGGAGGAAUCCAGACUACUGACUCCACCAUCAUCAUCAUCUUCUGCCUGUACGUGCUCUGCACCCAUUGUGGGAGAAGCCCUGACGUAGCAAAUUUUGUCGCGAAAUCCCCAUUUCCGACCAAAGCCUUCAAUGCGAAGUUGCUGCUUCUCUCAUAGCCUGGGGAGGCCUUUGGGGCCAUGGAGCAAACAUAAUACCAGUCUACUGAAGUCCUUUUUCUCAAUAGAAAACCCAGACCCACAACAAGCCUUUAGAUAACUUGGAUACUGUGCCUCCCGAGAACAUAUACAGUACAUACCUAGGCUAGUUUGAAUAUAUGUACUCUGUUUAUGGGCAGAUUUGGAAGUGCCAUAUUUAGUGUAGUAAAGAUUCUGGAUUAGGAUACUACUAACCCCGUAAGUAUCUAGUCAUCAGGAAGUGCUCUAAAUUAGAGCAACAGUACUAACCACUGGCAUUUUGUAAGCGAACUGACAAGCCUAGCCUGUUACACCUAGCCUGUUACAACUACAGGACAGUCGAUGUUAGAUUCUGCAUUCUAUAAUGUAAAGCGGUGAGCUUCAUUUAUUUAUAUUACAUAUACUAUACGGAAACUUCACUCCUACUUCUGCUUUGUUGAAUCGCAAUGUAAAUGUUAUUUUGAGACCUUCACAUUAUUGCCAAAUUUCACAUUUUUUUAUGAGAAGAGUUGUUCAUCAGAGGUUAAAUUCAGGUAUGGACAGAUGAGUAUCAGUUGCUGAUUUCAGAUGUUUUUUUUCGGUGACUUGCCCACAUUAGGAUGUCUUUAUCCGAACUGUAACUUUAUACCCUCUUGAUUCAAGUUACUCCACAUUCCAGUAUAUUCAUAUGUUAUGUAGAAAUUUAUCUAGUAGUGCAGGUUGCCAAUUUUAACAUUUCUGUUGUAAUGACCUGGAUCAGGAAUGUCAAGAAAUCAAUUUUACCAGGGCAGUCCAUUUAACGUAAAAGGCCAACGCAAAAUUCUAAACAUUCAGUACAGGCUCAAGGGGAAAGCAAGGCUAUACGAAGCUUCAGACGAUGGUAUUACUAUUUUAGACUAGACAACGAUUCCUUUCGUGAAACUUGUUAUGUUAAGUUACUUUUUAUUUAUCUGAAAGUGAUUUUUUAACUUCAGGUUUUCAUAUUCGUAAACAUGAAUGAUCUUUCCACCUAGGUAGCUCACUUGAACUCGCAAGCUAAGCUUUGCUUCUUUGGAAUAAGCUGAUAUGAGCGCGAAUCUGUGAAAUUACCUGAUGUGAAUGCGGAUCCACUAUUUGUGAUAUAAAGUUUUUAUUCUUUUAGAA